ACCCCUCCUUCCCAACUCCAACUAAUAAAGGAAAUCAAAAACCAAAAAAUUCUCUCUCUCAUAAUUUCCUUCAUUCAUGGCUUUCCUUCAAUAUUAUCAGUUUUCACUUCUUUUACUCUUCUUCUUCUUCUUCUCUUUCCCACUUUCUCAACCCAUGUCCAUUCAUGAUCUCCUCAAAUCCAAAGGCUUACCAGCUGGUCUUCUCCCAAAAGAAGUAAAAUCUUACAAUUUUUCAUCAAAUGGCCUUCUUGAAGUUUUCUUAAAUGGCCCUUGUUUGACAAAAUUUGAUACUAUGGCCUUUUAUGAAAGUUAUGUUAAAGCUAAUUUAACUUAUGGUUGUCUUACUGGAGUUCAUGGACUUUCACAAGAAGAGCUUUUUGUGUGGCUACCAGUUAAAGGAAUUAGUGUUGAUGAUCCAAAUUCUGGUCUUAUAAUUCUUGAUAUUGGCUUGGCUCAUAAACAACUUUCACUUUCACUUUUUGAAGAUCCACCUCAUUGUAAACCAGAUGGGAUUCUGAAAAAGGAACAUGAGGAGGGACAGAGAUUUGAAGCACAAAGAUAGAAGAGAUUCCUUUUAAAUAUUAACUUUAAUUAAUGAUAAAAUAUUACUUAGCCCCUGUUUGGCCAUACAUUUUCCUAAAUUUAAUUUGAAAUUUAUUUUCAAA